UUAUAAUAGUUGAUCGCAAGUUACAUUUCCCGUCAUCUUCCUGGGAGAACUCCAAAAGAUUUCGCAGACGAGAUAAGAGUAAAAGCGGCCAGCGAGGAAAUUCCCAUGAAAGCUCUGCUGAAUCCGGGUUCUUCUCUGUGUUCGAUCUCUUCUUUGCAGAUCAAGAGAUCUCUUCACUUCGACGGGCCGAGUUCUUCAUGUCUCCGCUUCCCUCUGAGCGAUCGAUGCCGUCCGUCGCGGCGGAGGCUCGCCGGUGGUUUGGCCGUGAGUGCCGUUUUGGAUUCCUCAAUCAUGGAGCAGUUAGGGCUAAAGGAAUCCGAUAUUGUGAACCCCGCUGUCUCUUCUUCUUACAGGAGGUCGACGCUUGCGAAGCCGAACCAAACCGUGCUUGACGCCCAAGCUAGGGUUUGCACCGGACCCACGCAGACCAGACCCCUCACCGAAGAACAGGCUUUCAAGGUGCUUGAUACUAUAUUACGAUCAGCUAGAGGGGAACUAAAAAACGAAGAACCAGUUUCUAACGCGCAACUGGGAGCGUUUUUUGCUGCGAUGACUAUCCGUGCAAAUGCUUUCCCUGAGGAAACUCAAUGGAGUGAAGGUGAACGGCGGGCGAUGAGUGUGCUCUGGCCACUCCUGGCUCGAGUGCUGCCUUCUGAUGUUCUCUUCAUUGCGGAUCCUGAAGGCUCUAUUAUGGGUGUGGGGAAUUCAGUUGGACCAAAUUUUGCAGGCAAUGGAACUACUGAAAUGAGACUGGUUGGUGCCCUAAGAGAAAUUUUAGCUGGAGGGCACCUAGGGUAUGAAGAGGUCCAGGGUGUUUUAAGAGAUGUUCUUCCACUCGUGACAGAAGAUAGUCUAUCCUCAGGAGUUAGUGAGGCCUUGCUUUCUGCUUUUUUGAUCGGCCAACGUAUGAACAGAGAAACAGAUCGCGAGCUUAAAGCUUACUGCCUCGCAUUGGAUGAUGAACUUGGAGCUCCUCCAGUUGCUGACGUCAAAUCAUUAACCCAUUAUGGCGAGCCUUAUGAUGGAAAUACUCGUUACUUUCGAAGCACCUUGUUUGUUGCUGCAGUUAGAUCCUGCUAUGGCGAAUCUUCAAUGCUUCAUGGGGUGGAAUGGAUGCCACCUAAAGGGGGUGUGACUGAAGAACAAAUGCUAAAGUUUAUGGGAGCAAAUACAAGCUUGUCCCUUCAGCAUGCAAAGGAACUCAUCGAGGACGAGAAGGCUGGAUUUGCAUAUCUUAGUCUACGGGAAGCUCGACCAUCCUUUUAUUCUUUGGUUGGGGUAAGGGAGCAUAUAAAGAAACGCCCUCCACUGGCAACGACAGAGAAAGUUCAACAAUUUGUGAGGGCCACAGGGAAGGAAGCGAUUGUGGCUGGGUUUUACCAUGAAGGCUACGAAGAGCCUUUGUUAAUGCUUAUGAGAAGAAGAGGUGUACAUUCGGGAUUGGUGAUUAAGGGUGAGGAGGGAGCCCUCUCGAUGACGACACGAGUGCGAGCAGCAACUGUCUCUAAAGGGCUACCGGUUAACUAUUGCUCCGGGUUUCGUUCUUUGAGUUCAGAAUCUGCUCUCGAAGUUGACGGUACGAAUAGCUCAAACACGAUAUCCAUACUUGAAUCAAGUGCUAGAAUUUCCGUAAGAACUCAUUCCGCAUUAUGUUCACGCUAAUUCGACAAACCCAUAGCUAGAGAUUUCCUCAUAAAAAGUGGUUUGUAGGUGGGAUCCAAAUGGAUAUAUAAGCUAUCAGCUAAUGGGUAUUUGAUUGACUUUGCAUUGCAAUA